ACCAGAAGUGCCAUCGGCAAGCUUUCGCUCGCUAUUCUCAUCUUCGAAGUAGAGGAAUUGGCUGAUAUUGUUCAAUUCAUUCAGCAGAACCUGCCUUUGAAUCAGGUACUAAUGGCAACCACGGCUUGUUUUAUCAUUGUGAGCAGGAAUGAUAUCCCUAUAUAUGAAGCCGAAGUCGGAUCAGCUACAAAAAGAGAAGAUGCUGCUCAGCUGCAUCAGUUCAUAUUACAUGCAGCUUUGGAUAUUGUUCAGGACCUUGCAUGGACUACAAGUGCCAUGUUUUUGAAAGCAAUCGACAGAUUUAAUGAUUUGGUGGUUUCAGUAUAUGUUACUGCUGGUCAUACACGAUUUAUGCUGCUUCAUGACUCCCGUAAUGAUGAUGGAAUUAAGAGCUUUUUCCAAGAGGUUCAUGAGCUUUAUAUAAAGAUUCUUCUCAAUCCCCUGUAUUUGCCCGGUUCUCGCAUCACGUCAUCACACUUUGAUACGAAAGUUCGUGGCCUUGCACGAAAAUAUCUGUAGAUCAGGUCUGGACUCAUUCUGACAAACUCAAAGUGCAUGGGAGAUUUUAGUAAGGGUUGCUUGCAAGUUUUUAAAUAAAAGCUUAGAGUUGAAAUAUCCCCUACUUCUGAUCCGAUCUGGGAUAAUCUCCAACCUUUUAUUUUCUUUUAAUGAUUUCAUAAUUGUGAGGGAAGUGUUGUUUGCGGUGGCAUUCAUAUCAGGUAAUGAAUUAGUUGCCUGCUGACAUAUGACCAGUUCAGUUGGAACACAUUAGCCUCAAUAUUUUGUAUCUAUUUUUAACU